UGUCACAUUAUCAAAUAAUCGCUGUAAAAAUUUGGUUAAACCUGUAUUAAUUUUUUACGUGAAAUAUAUCAUUGCUAACUUUGUAAUAGACGUAUCAGACGCUGUAGAAAGCCAAGUAUAUUGUUAUUGGAUUGAGUGUAUCAUCUUGAAAUCAUGUUACACCGUUUUAUUUCUGCGGUAAUUCAACCAUUUAAACAAGGGCUCUUGGGUCAGCUACCCAGUACUAGCCUAGUAAGGCCGGAAUCAUGUUUACUGUCUUUAGUACGCACAAAAGUACGCUGUUACUUUCCUCGUCCUAAUGAGGUAAAAAGAGUUCGUCGGCAUGGCUGGGAAAAAAGAAUGUCCUCACAGAAUGGUCGCAGGGUUGUUAUGAGAAGACUUCUAAAAGGUCGUCAUGUACUUACCCAUUAAUAUUUUUUCUAUAUUAGAAGUAUAAUAUUAAUAAUAUAGUUGUAUAAACAUUAGAUUUAGAAAUUAAACCAUAUUAUUUUUAA